AUGUCGCUCAUCCCAAGCUUCUUUGGCAAUCGACGAAGCAACAUUUUCGAUCCUUUCUCUCUGGACCUGUGGGAUCCCCUUGAGGGCUUCUCAUUCCCCGGCACGGUGGCCAACCUGCCGUCCUCUGCUCGGGAAACCAGUGCCAUAGCCGGUACCCGCGUGGACUGGAAGGAAACACCAGAGUGUCACAUAUUCAAGGCUGACCUUCCGGGGCUGAGGAAGGAGGACGUGAAGGUGGAGGUGGAAGAUGGAAGGGUUCUGCAGAUCAGUGGGGAGAGAAGCAGAGAGCAGGAGCACAAGGACGACAGGUGGCACCGCGUUGAGAGGAGCACUGGCAAGUUCAUGAGAAGAUUCAGGUUGCCUGAGAACUCUAAGAUGGAGGGGGUCAAGGCUUCUAUGGAAAAUGGGGUGCUCACUGUCACUGUGCCUAAGCAGGAAGAGAAGAAACCUGAGGUCAAGCCCAUCCAAAUCACUGGCUAAUGCUUCUAUACAUGCUUCUCCCUUGCCUGGGUCCCUAAGGGUGAGAGCUAUCUGCUGCAGUGUUUCCGUUCGGAACUGCGUUUUUUUUUUUUUCUAAAUUUGUUUUUGGCUUAAUGCAAUGUCAUCAAGCAAUGUUUGGCGUCUAUAAAGCGUGCGCAAGUGGUUUUUGUUCAACGUCUAUGAUAUAAAAUUACUGCAGUUUCUCAGUUUUUGCCCCAGAAAAUCGGUGAUCCUUCACUUGGUACGGCGGAUAAAGUAAUUCCAGUGCACUUUUCUCCUCCGGA